UGAUUCCAAGAAACAUGCAAACCAUGAAGAUUGCUAUUACCAACAUAGUUCCUCAUUUUCUUUGCAAAUUAGCCUUGAACAUGUAUGUUUUUUCUUACGUGUUUAUGUGAAUAUAUUAUAUGAUACUAUGGCAGCCAAUAUAUAUUGAGAGAAAUAGAACAUUAAUAUUGAUAGAAUAAAUAAUAUUCUGUUAUAAUUGAGUAACAGAAUAUUAUUUGUUUAUUCUAUCAAGGGCUGUAUAAAACAUAUUUUGGUCUUACGUCCACUGGAUUAAUUGGUUUAUAAUAGGUAAGAUGGUGAUUGUUUGUAUUAUUAUUCUUUUUGGUUUAAGGAUUGUUUGUUUCUAACUGUGGAAUUUACACGACAUAUAUAGUUUUGUUCUAUGAACUGAAAUAGUGAUUUAUAGAAGCUAUUGCUUUAAGGACCUGUUUACGUUCUAUUAAAAAACUUGAAACAAAUUGAAAUAUUUGGUUUUGGUUUUCUAGUUAAUUUUUUUUUGUUUUGUUUUUAAAAAAAAAAAUUACAGUUAAUUCGUGAAAGACCAAGUCACAUCCUAAUUCUGGUAAAUUAAUUAGUUUUAACUCGGACCAUUUGAAUUCAAUGGUUGUUCAGUGUUAUUCCUCCAAAAGUUCCUAACUAAAAGCACAUCCUCAACUUUUUUGUCACUCAGAUUCUUAUAUAAUUUGAUGAUCCUUUGUUUUCUCUACCAAAAAGGAAAAUCAUCUUUCAACACAUAGACAAAACACACUAUGGCUGAUGCUGAGCACGAACGUAUAUUCAAGAAAUUUGACACUGACGGCGAUGGUAAAAUAUCAGCAGCCGAACUUGAAGAAGCUCUUAAGAAACUUGGCUCGGUGACCCCUGAUGACGUGACUCGUAUGAUGGCUAAAAUCGAUACUGAUGGUGAUGGAAACAUAUCGUUUCAAGAAUUCACCGAGUUUGCAUCUGCCAAUCCUGGACUCAUGAAGGAUGUUGCCAAAGUUUUCUAGAAUGGUAGUAUUUGCCAUCGUCUUAUUUUUGAAUUUUUCUAAUAUUUUUUUUCAAUAUGAUUUGGUUCUAAGAAACUAUCCAUAUUAUAAUUCAUGUAACUGAUCAUUGGAGUUGUAUAUCUCUCAAUGAAUACUCUCGAGUAUUUUUAAUUUUUGUUCAUUUCCCUAAUAAAUUCAGUUUUCCUACGUUUACACA